AUGCCUCCGAAAAAAGUCCUCAUCAUCCUCAGCGACGCCCACUCCUUCCCCAUCAAAAAGACCAGCGGCCCAGAGGCCGGGAAAACAGUCGACCAGCCAUCCGGAUUCUUCUUAAUGGAACUGGUCAAACCGCUCCAGAAAUUCCUCGACGCCGGACACGAAGUCACUUUCGCUUCGCCAAAGGGCCAAGAGCCGGCUCCGGAUCCAAACAGUGAAUCUCUCCUCGCAUUUGCAGGGAACUUCUAUGAGCGACGACGCGAGACAGAGCUUAUCGAGCGCAUGAAGCAAGAAAAUGGAUUCAGUCGUCCUCGGCCAUUCAAUUCCAUCAGUAAUGACGAAUUAGCUACUUUUGCAGGGCUGUUUAUCCCUGGGGGACAUGCACCGCUGAGCGAUCUAGGAGGGGAUGCUGAGCUGGGACGGAUAUUGCGAUAUUUCAAUAAGGAGAACAAACCCACUGCGGCGAUUUGUCAUGGGCCGUAUGCGUUGUUGAGUACGAAGAAGGCAGGCGAUGGGUCGUUUGUGUAUAAGGGGUAUAAUAUAACAUCCUGGAGCGAUGCCGAGGAGAAAAUGAUGGAGACGAUGUGGGGUGGAGAGGUUGAGAAAGUUGAAUCGGCCUUACGCAAUGAGGGCGCAAAUAUGGCCGAAGGAGCGAAAGAGGUUAUAGGUGGUGUGACACUUCAUAGAGAGUUGUUAACGGGUGGGAAUCCAUUGGCUGCAGACGAGCUAGGAAAUCGGUUCUUGAGAAUGUUGACUGUAUAA